AGAUGGAAACUUCUAGAAGCUGAGUGACAUCCAUGCAAACAUCAGCUGCUCAUGAAGGCAAGCACGCUAACUUUCACACGCAAAUCAAGGACGCUGCUUGGUGUUCAAGUCAGUGACCACUGACGCCAUGGACGAGGACGGAAUGGACAGUCCCGUGGCCGUGAAGGUGGAGGGCCACUCUCGCUCCAUCAUCCUGAGGUACUUCCGGGGCGACAUCGGCAGCAUGGUGGACGCUCACUUCCACCGCGCUCUCAACAAAGUCUCCAGGGCCAACGCUCCGGUGGGCAGGGCCAAGAAAAUACGCAAAACCAUCAAAUUAGAGGACAGCAGCCACUGUCAGGCCAACGGCGCCAUGCCUCUUCCGGUGCCGGGUCGUCACGUGGCGUUCAACCCCGUGGACGAUCCCUCCAGGCCGUGGCCCUCCUUCCUCGCCAGGACCAGAGAAGAAGCCUCGGGGUUGCCGUCUGCCGCCGCGUAUUCCAUGUCGCCGGAAGACUUGAGUCUGACGGGGCAGCAGUACGCCACGUCCUUGCUCAACCUCUUGCACAGCGACCGCAGCGAGAUGGGGCCCGGUGUGGCCUCCGGCUCAAAGACGGAACUGGUGCCCAGCUGGAUGGUACCCCAGGGUUUCAGGGACUCUGUGGAUCCUGCUGUAGGCUUUGAGUCUGGACAGCGUCUGGACAAGAAGGACUUGUACUGGUACUGAGGGCACCACGCCGGGACAGAGCAGGAAGGGGCCGGGCGAUGACCUCAGCAUGAAGGCAGUGCGAGGGAAGAACCUGUUGUGUCACUUUCUGCUCCUUCUUCUGCUCCACAAGCAAGUCUAUGCUCCUUUUUUUUUUUUGCAGCCCAGUAGCUUCCAGGAAAUUGUGUUGCCAUUUCCCAGCCAGCUAUCAGGGACCAGUAUUACUCUGUUACUUUGUCCUGUGUUGUUAUUAUUACUGUAAAUAUGGUGGCAAACAAACAAAUAACUUACAUUCAACACUCGUGAACAAAAGCAUUAUUCAAGAUAUUGUUGGUGUUUCACUUUGCAGACACUCAAGGAAGAAGGGAACAUUAAUGCACUGUUCAGUCACCUCCUUUAACGUCAUCUUUAUGUUUACAUAGU